AUGGCCGCCGAGCUCAAGUACCGCAAGCACUUCAAGCUGGCUGAUGAUGUCAAGCUGGACUCCUCCCAAGUCAAGAUGUUCGUCUCCGUGGACGAGGAGCCGGUCAACUCUGACUCCGACUCCGAGUCUGAAGAAGUCUCCGAACCGAAACAUGAGUCCCAGCCUGACAACACCACGUCUGCCAACAUCACACCCAACAACUCUCAGCCACUUGAGAAGGUCGUGGCGCUUCUACCUAUGGCGGGCCAAGACAACAUCUCCGACCAAAACCGCCUCGUUCGCAUCCAAAACCCCUCGGCGAAGUCAGACGACUGGAACAAGGUCGGCAUCUCGCAGAAGUUCAGAUGCAAUGUCAGAAUCACUAAGCCGAAUGAGUCUCGCAAGAAGGUUCCAUACCUGCCAUCCGAUAAUUCCAAGAAGAAUGGUGUUGCCAUGAACUUCAGUAUCAAGUCACACGGCCUUGCUCCGAAAUUGUCUCUUUCUGUGGAGUACCACCGCAAUGAGCAUGCUCUCAGUGCCAACGAAAUUCACGUUCCCAGACACGAAGGUUCGAUUGAUUUUUCAUUUGGCCAUGUGUACAAGGACGCCAAUGAUACAUCAACCGAGCCUAACCAGAUCAUGAACCUCGAGGUCAAGUACGGAUCAGAGCACAAGUCUGCACUCGUCGAAUUCAAUACGACUGGUGCUAUCGCCGACAGCCUGAAGUGCAUCAACGAUUACCCUGAGCCUCAUCUCCACCCUCGUGUCAAGAGAAUGCGCCCUCGCGGCGACGAAGUCAAGCUGACCAAGAAACUCGUCUCGCUGACCAGAAUUCUUGAAAACGAGGUCUAUCAUGUCUCGAUCAAGAUUCAGCCCAACAGUAAGGACAUAGACGCACACAAGGCUGGCAACCGCAAUUCAGUUGAUGACUUGCUCGACAUGUUGCCUCACAAGAACAACCUUUCUGCUGGUCCUGCUGUCUCGGAUAAUGUGGUUCCUCCUUCAGCUGAAGACACUUCUGCCGCUACUCCUCCUGAAGGCCAGACUGUGGCUUCCACCGAGGAGACUCCCGCUGCCCCUCUCGAAGACCGUGCUGUAUUUCCUCUUUCUGUUGAGCAUGCCAUGACUGUCCUGCCGUACGAACAGUACCGCAACGCCAUCCACAAGCCUCUUGUUCAGCAUGGAAAGAUGCCUACUCCUUCCACCGUCUUUGACAAGCACCAUCCCUGUUUGCCUAUGCCCGCGCUUCCCGUUUUCCGUGAUGCGGACGAAGGAAGCAUUGUCAUUAGCAACAGUGCUCACACGCAAUCUGUCGAGCGGGAGUUCAUUCUCAAGGCUCUAGCGAUCGACCCUCACAAGGUCCAGCUACUGACUCUCGGCGACGCAGUUCUACUUGCUGUUCGUUGGGACAAGCGUUUGCGUGCCGGUCUCUCGUCUGACGAGCGCAUCACUUAUCCUAAUGGCACCAUAAUCGACUUCAAGAUCCACAGCGCUCAAGCUCUUGAGGCUGCUGCCAACAACCCCAAGCCUCAUUACGCCAAAGGUCUUGUCAUUGGUAACAGCUUCGGUGUCAGUUGCGAUAUGCUUUGCCUGGUAUUGAAGAAGAAGGCCGUAGAGUUUGCUGGCAUGACUUCGCCUCUUCACUCUGCCAGCAAUGCCGCCUCAUACCAUGCAUGUCUAUCAUCGCAGAGUGACGACCAUGUCUGCGCCAGCAUUAUCAACGCGGCCGCAACCACAUAUGCUCGUGGUUCGUGGGUCACUGAACAAUGGCCUGUUCUCCUCAACGAUGGUGGCGUGCUUCCUACCCGAGACUACAUCUCGCAAUCUCGCUGCUCACCUGACGAGUGGACUGACGCUUUCAGGAAGCUGAAGGAGCCUAAAGGCAAGCCUUGGAAUCGCAGACAGAUUCAGUUCAUCGACACAUUCUUGAAGGCCCAGGGUGGUAUGGCAUUGUGCACCGGACCUGGCGGUGCUGGCAAGACCGAGUUGAUGAUGCAGCUCAUCGCUUUUGUCCUCAGAACGGGCUCAAGGGCUGUCGUUACUGGCAUGAAGCAUGACACCCUCGACAUGAUUGUUGAGAAGUUUGUCGAAAUGUUCCCCGAGAUGGAGCCUCCUCUCCGCGCUUACACCCCAUCCUCGGAGGAUUUGAUGGAUGAGAAGACCACGUGGGUCACUACCGACGACAGAGAGAUGCUUAUCCUCGAGAUGGCCCGUACCGAUCUCAAUGAGAACAAGGACAGACGCUCUCAUCUCAAGAUGACAUACUCUAUCCAGCACAAGGUCAUCCAGAACUCCACAAGGACCGACAUGCCGCCCAUGGUGAAGCAGAUCCCUUCUGGCUUGGAGAACGGCGUUUCAGUAUUCAAUGACCCUACCCAAUACGACUAUCGCCAGAUCUUUCGUGAAGGUUUUGCUGCCCUUCCCGAGCAUUCUCCAUCUGACUCCGAGUACUGGACCGAAGACCGUGCACGUCUGUUCAAGUACGUAUAUGCUGUCCUUCGUGCCGAGGCGAUUCAGAACGCCCCCUUCCUUGUCAGCACCAUGGUUGGUCUCAAGAACAGGGAGAUCUCCCAGAAUUUCAGUCUCGACCACAAUAUUGCCAGAUUUGAUGAUGAGGCUCAAGCGUGUGAGGAAGGCGUCUCGCUGAUUGGCGCUGCCCUUUGUCACUGGUCCAAGAACGUCAAGACAUGGGCUAUGUUUGGCGACUAUAAGCAGAGCGGUGUCAUCUGCCUUACAGGUCAGGGCCAAGAGAACACUGUUGAUGUCUUCCAUGAACAGUCUCGCAUCUCACUCUUCUCUCGUCUUGAGAAGGCUGGUCAUCCUGUUGUCCAUCUCAACACGCAGCAACGCUUGCCACAGCUGUUCUUCACACCCUUGAACGAGCUUCACUACGACAUGCAGAUCACCACUAGCUCCUCGCUCAAGCGGCCUCUGAGAGAGAACACUACUCUCUUGGGUGAGAUUGCUGGUCGCAGCCAGAAGGAGAUUGCUCUCCAGACUGACGCCCAGCGACGCAUGUUGUUGGUCCAGGUCGACUCUCCCACCAUGAAGGCCAGAGACUCGCCUUCUCGCGCCAACCCUGGGUUUGCCGCCUAUGUCGUCGAUGUCGUGCUGCCUGCACUUCAGGGAGUUGUAUGGCGCCUAUUCUACAAGCUCCGUCGUGAUGGUUGGAGUCGUCUCGAGCUACCUAAGCUCUACACCAUCGACACUGCUCAUGGUCGUGAGGCGGACUUCGUCAUCUUUGAUGUCGUCAAUGACACCAGAGAGGGCUUCCUGAGCGACAAGACUCGCAUGUGCCUCGCCGCCAGCCGCGCCAAGCAGCAGAUGUUAUGGGUUACUGGUGACUGUUCCGAGAUCCCUACCGACACCAAGACGAAGUACUAUAGAGACAGUAGCGAUGGUGAUAAGAUCAAGCAGGUCACCGUCAGCCGUCCUUUGCUUCACUGGAAGAAGUACUUCGAGGACAAGAAGUGCACUCACCAGACUGCUCCUCCCGCCUUCGAAGUUCCCACCGACCUGGCCUACUUCGGUGACGACUUAGACACCGUCAAGGUUGAGACUGGCACUUCUGGCGAGGUAUCCGCUCCCAUCGACGACUCUGCUCAAUUCUCUACUGGCGAUGCUGCUGUUUGGCCUGCUGGUGAUGCUUUGAUUUCUGGUGAGGACUUUGGAGGUGAUUUCUGGUGA